UUGUUGCUUGGCUGUGCACCGUUGACUGAAAAAAUGUAUGUUUUUUUUACUUAAUUAAGGCUUAAAUAGAAGAAAGCAUCUGGAUCAAUGAGAAUAUGGCAACUUCCACAGAGCACAAGGUUUCUAUUGGUGACCAUUAUAAAGAACGAAUUGGUGUCAUGUAUUUUUUCUUCAAGAAUAUAGGAUAUCCAUCUGGAGAGUUUGCAAAUACCAUAAGGGAAUAUGGAAAUGCACUCCUAAACACUAAGGGAGGAUUCCUAGUCUUUGGAGUCCAGGAAAAUGGCAGGAUUAAUGGCUUAAACAUUUCAAGACAAAAUGAAGAUCUUUAUAGACUGUCUUUAGAUAGAGAAUUAAGAAACUUUACCCCUGCUGUCAGCCCAAAUCUUUACAGGCUUUCAGUCGUAAAAGUUGGCUACAUGUCCAAUAUCAUGGAGGUGCGAAUAAGUGCUGGUCCUAUUGGUGAGAUGUACCAAAACCAGUACGAACAGGUAUAUAUCGUAAAGAAUAGAAAGUUGGUUGGACCUCUAUGGCCGCAGGAACUGAAGGCACUUAUAAUCCAAAAGUAUAAAGAGGAGCUUCAAGCAACAAAAGGAAUCCUGUCACCUUGAAAGAUAUAUAUAGUUGUGCAGGAAGAAAUGAAAGUCAAGAGCUGUCCACAAUAAUAAAAGAGGAUAUUACAUGGGCGCGGGGAGAUACGAAAUUUAUCUUCAAGUGUUGAAAAGAUCUCUCACAAGUGAGCACAGUGAACGAGUGAGAGAUUUUCAACACGAGAAGAUAAAUUUCGUAUCUCCA